AUGUCAGCCAGGUUGCGACACCGACCACAGACCGAGGAGGAGGAUGCAUCGGCCUUGAAACUUGGUCCAGAGUUCAACAAUGCAGGUUGUUUGCUCAUUUCAGAGGUGAAAUAUCUGUUGGAGAAUCGCGACAAGGAUGCACCGGACACAGCUGUUUAUAACAAAACACUUGAAUACGUGAAGACGUUUGCCAAGUUCAACACGACAGAUUCUGCGAGCGCCGUUCGCGAAACCCUUCGAAGGGAGCCAGCUCUCACCCAAUUUGAAACGGCGCAAAUAGCGAACCUGUGUCCUGCAGAUGCGGAAGAGGCGAAGAGCGUUAUUCCCAGUCUCGUCAAAAUCGAUGAUGACCGUCUACAAGCUCUGCUUGAAGAGAUCCAGACCAUGCGUAAAUUCCAAUCGUAAUUGAUGAAAUAACCAUAGUUUGAAUGCCAUUGGGCGCGGGACAUAUUUAACCCACUCUUCCUCGGUCUCGAUAUCGACAUUAUACCGUCGUCCAUGAUGCGUCUGCACACUCUGAUACUGAUUUACCUCUCCAUGCCACCGCUGGUGGAGUUUCCAAAGGACCGGAAGACGGACACCAGUCGAGAUGUGGUUGUUGAUCUUUUGUUUGUAACUCAGUUAUGGACCUUUGCCCCGAGUUAGAAUCAAGUUCAACCUUGGUUCGACCCCCACUUUUAUGUUUACGAUCAGCAGCAUGGCUCAGUCUUUCGGACUAACUCCAGAACUACUUCUUUCCAGCUUGAAUCCUUCCCAAUCGCUCGCCUCGCAACCCUUUCCCUCGGCGUUUUGCCUACACCUGGCAGGACUCAUCCACGACCGCUGCUGGUAAACAGCUCG